AUGGCUACCCCUAGUGUCCUCGCUUUUGACGCUGAGGGUCGGGCCAUUGACUUUGACGUCUGGGUAGAUGACCUACAGCUUUUCCUACAGUGCGAUAGGGCAGACGGUCUCUCCCUCUUUGACCUCACCUCAGGUGCCUCUCCUGCCCCUGCUGCUGAUGCCGACGCCACUGUUCGCUCACAGUGGGCCACACGCGAUGCUGCUGCACGUCUUGCUGUGCGUCGUCACCUGCCUACCUCUGAGCAUGCGCACUUUAGUCAGUACAAGAGUGCUCAGACCUUGUACGACGCUGUAGUUGCACGCUACUCCUCCCCUGCCACUGCUGCACUGAGCCGUCUCAUGCUACCGUACCUCUUUCCUGACCUUGCUGCCUUUCCCACAGUUGCUGACCUCAUUACGCACCUCCUCACUAGUGACACUCGCUACCGUGCUGCGCUUCCUGCUGACUUCUCCGCCAACCCCCCCCCCCCCCCCAUGUACAUCACUCUCUACUACAUAGUCACUCGCCUCCCUGACUCCCUUCGCGUAGUCAGGGACCACUUCCUCUCAGUCUCUCCCACCACUCUUACUGUUGACCUACUCGAGAAGUCCCUCCUAGCGGCCGAGAAGAGCAUAGUCGCUGUAGGGGCCUCUCGUGGUGACCCGCGCACCCCCAUCUUUGAGGGGUGUUCCCCCUCCCCCCUUCUGCCCUCUGUUGCCUCUGCUGCUGCGGCCGACCUCGUUGGGCUUGAGUCGGUCGGUGCGGCGUCUACCCCUAGCGGGAGACGCCGCCCUGGCAAGGGCAAGGGGGGCACGGGCGCUGGAGGAGCUAGCGGGGGCGGUGGAGGAGGCGGUGGAGGCGUUGGAGGGGGUGGGGGUGGCGGUGGGGGUGGUGGCGGGGGUGGAGGUGUCGGUGGCGGCAGUGGAGGCGGAGGCGGAGGCGGCGGUGGCGGUGGGAGCGGAGGUGGCGGAGGUGGCGGCGGUGGAGGAGGCGGUGGCGGUGGAGGUGGAGCUGGUCGGGGUGGCGCUGCGCAGAGGGUCGGCUCAGGUGGUGGUCAGCGCCAGCAGCAGCAGCAGCGCACUCGUGACAUCCCCCCCCCUCAGCACCUCCAUCAGUGGUACGCUGCACGCCAGCGAGGUGGGGGUACUGGUCCAUGCACCUACGUCCUACGCACCGGCGACCGCGCAGGUGAGCAGUGCGGGGAUGCGCUCUCCACCCACCGCUGCUUUGGCCGCCUGACGGACGCUUGGCGUCACCAGUUCCCGGAGGCCACUGAGAUCCCCCGCUGGGGCGAGCUUUCUACUACGGGAGUAGCUGUCUUUGACCUUAACUUUGAUGCUAUUCUUGCUGCCAUGUAUGCUGUGACUAUUAGUGAUGAGGGUGACUGUUACUGGUCUUUUUCGCCCGACCCGGGCAUUGAGACUGCUGCUCUAGGUACUGGUGAGGCUGCUGCUCUAAGUGCUAGCGAGGCUGCUCCUCUAGGUGCUCGUGUGUCUGCUCCCUCAGGUGCUGGUGAGUCUGCUCUCUCAGGUACUGCGUCGGCUUCGGCCUCCCACACCUUCACCCUUGACUCGCGGGCUUCUCGCUCCUUCUUUCAAGACCGCACCACACUCACGCCGCCUGGCCGGCUAGUUGCAGUCUCUCUGGCAGACCCCUCUGAGGGUACUGUCCUUGCUCACUACUCCACUGUCCUCUCGUGUCCGGUGGCCCCCUCUGGCACCCUGUCUGGUCUUUACCUCCCCUUGUUCUCUACGAACUUGGUGAGUGGUGCUGACCUACAGGAUGCGGGGGUUCACCAGCUCACUCAUGCGAGUCAGCGGGUGACCCACUGCACGGACGCUCGGACAGGCCGACACCUAGCCACGUUUACACGUCGGCCGGGGCUGAGCCUGUACACACUAACCACUGCGUCUCCUCCAGUCACUGCGUUUGGUCAAGUAGCUGCGUCGCGUCAGGUGUUUGCUGCAGCGUCCAGGUCUGGUCCUGAGUCUGCCCCCUGCUCGUGUCGCCUCGUGUCUCACGAGACUCUCCUCUGGCACCACCGCCUUGGUCACCCCUCCCUGCUUCAUCUCCGAGGCAUGGCCUCCCGUGUCCUUGUCUCUGGUCUUCCUCGGUCCCUCCCUCCCCUUCCUUCUGGGCCUGGCCCUACCUGCGUUCCCUGUGUCGAGGGGCGGCAGCGGGCUGCCCCUCACUCCUCCGAGUUUCCUCCGACAGAGGCCCCGCUCCAGACGCUUCACAUGGACGUGUGGAGCCCGGCCCGCGUCCAUGGACAGGGUCACGAGCGCUACUUCCUGCUGGUUGUUGACGACUACUCACGUUACACCACAGUCUUCCCCUUGCACAGCAAGGGUGAUGUCACUGAGGUGUUGAUCGACUGGAUCCACGCAGCUCGUCUCCGGCUCAGGCAGAGCUUCGGCUCGGACUUUCCUGUUCUGCGUCUGCACUCGGACAGAGGCGGAGAGUUCUCCUCUGGCCUUCUGCGAGCUUACUAUCGUGCACAAGGCAUCCGCCAGACCUUCACGCUUCCGGACUCUCCACAGCAAAAUGGGAUUGCUGAGCGCUGCAUUGGCAUGGUCAUGGAUGUAGCUCGUACGACCAUGAUGCAUGCGGCUGCCCCCCGUUUUCUGUGGCCGUUUGCGGUUCUGUACGCGGCGCAUCAGAUCAACCUUCACCCCAGGGUCUCCAUGCCGGAGACCUCCCCAGCUUUGCUGUGGACGGGGAAGGUUGGCGAUGCGUCGGCGUUCCGUGUCAGGGGAUCUUGGGCGUUUGUUCGCGGCUUGUUUGAGGACAAGCUAUCCCCUCGUGCUGCUCCUUGCGUCUUCCUUGGCUUCCCCCUUGACGCGCCACGGUUGCAGUUCUACCUCCCCACCUCUCGCCGUGUGUCCCAGGUAGACACAGCCGAGCUUGUCGAGGUUACUGGUGACUCUGGUGCUGCUGAGGGUGCUGAGCCUGGGGGUGCUGACUCUGGGGGUGUUGAGCGUGCGGGUGGUGCGCCUGGGGGUGCUGAGCCUGCGGGUGCUAUUACUGGGGGUGCUGAGCCUGGGGGUGCUGAGCAUGGGGGUGCUGAGCCUGGGGGUGCUGAGCCUGGGGGUGCUGCGACUGGGGGUGCUGAGCCUCGAGCUUGA